CUGUAAGCAUGCUGCUUCGCAUGCAACGAGUUCUUUGGAGAAUACUCAACAAUUAUAUAUACAUCGUCUACCAAUAAAAAUGAUACUCCCACAAAUUUACCGCUUGGUGCGGAUUGCAGUAUGGCGGCAUCAUCACGCCUUAUUAUUAAUCAUUAGCACAAAUUGAAGAUUUCAGAUUAAAAAUGAAUCGUAAAGUUAUUUUUAGUAGUAAAAUCAAGACCUCAGAGAAGAAAUAAACGAUCUACAAGUAUGUUGUGAGACAGUUGCUAAUAGUGAACAAAUAAAAUAGUUCACAUUCAAAAUUUUUAUAUAAUAGAGAUUUUAAAAUAUUGUAGUGAAGAACUUGAAGAAAUAUUCCAGGAUAUAAGAGCUAAGAGCUGCCAAAUUUUAAAAGAAGCUCAAUAACAGGAGCACCAAAGUUCGACUAUUGGCUUAAUUUGGAACUAGAAAAUAGUACUCUUCAGAUAUCAAAUAAUAUUGCAGUUUAAACUCUAACAAGCAUUUUUCUAAAGGCCAAAACCAUGCCUUUCGAGUUAACGUUAGUGAAGAUUUCAUGUCUUCAUUUCGUGAACUGAAUCACCAUUACUCGGGAAAUUUGAAAAAUUUCGUAUUCUGAUAUAUUCUUCACUGCCAAUUUCGUUUGAUUUCGCAGGUGUUUUUGACGUUGUUGCAUUUACCAUUUGUUUUUUUGUUUCUUUCAAAAAUAUUGCUCUGACCUUCGUUGAUAAUAGUUUCAUCCUUUGCAAUUUUUGAAAAUAUUUUAAAUAAUAAAUAAACAGUAAUAUAACUGAAAUAUGUUUUUCAUUGAUGCCAUUUUAGUUUUAGAGGUUUUACCCUAAUUUUUUUUACCCAUAAUCAUUAUUUAGAGAGCGAAGGCAAAAUAAAAUGAAAUAAUACUUUGUCUUUGUUAGGGAAUUGCAUGAUGCAGAUCAUCUUCUCAGAGACCUUUGUAAUUAUAGGAUGCAAUUAUUCGUAUUAUUAUUUGCUUAUCUACGCCCACUGGUUCAGACUUUGCACAAAGCAGAAAUACCGCAGAAUAUCGGUAACAAAAAAACCAGAAAUACAAAAGGCUUCUGUUAAGCAGUCGCCAUUUUUGUCCCAAUAUCGGAAGCAGGUAAAAUCCUUUACCCCGAAACAAUAGCCGCAAUAUUUUACCUGUUCAACUUGAAGACACGUGCUCACGCAAGAUAGUAUAUAAACCGUUAGAAUUUUCACUUUGUUAUCACAACGAUUUCAGCAAGUGAAACUUCAACUACAACGCAAAACUCGGAAACUUUCAACCAUGGACUCCACAGCAGAAAAUAUAUCGCUCCUAAAAGAAGAGGAAGACUUUUUCAACAUUAUCGAAAGCGCAAUCGAUCUAUCGAAGUAUAUUCCGCACGAAGUAGAUUUCAUCAAAACUGACGAGGAUGGCAAUAAUAGUCAUUCUACUCCACUAUGCCGAAGCGCCAGGAUGAAUUUGUCCAUUUUUAGAGAGCUGCAAAGUCCAGAAAUUGUUAACCCCACAAUACCAACUUUGGUCGUAAAGCGGAAAAGGGACAUAGAAAACAGAGAUCCCACAAAUCUGUUUAUGGUCAUCAAGCAAACAAAGAAGCAAUGAGACGAGCCUUAAACUAUGGAGAGUCAUUAUUUACCAAAAAAUUGGACGCUGUGCGCUGGUUUGCAUCGCCACUCGUUCGUAACUGUUUAUUUCUUUAAUUCGCGAAGCGUAAGAUAAAACUGGAACAAAAAUAGAAAAUUAAUGAAUGGAAGGUUUCUUAAAUAAAUAAACAAUGAUUCAAUCGUGUACAAAUAUUACUGUUUAAUAUAUCCAUAAACCCGCAAUAUUUUCAUUAACUUAAUAUUUUCAGUGUUCAUUGUAGCUGAUUUCUACAUAAGUGGCUGUCAUAGAACAUAACUCCUCUUUUAGGAUGAAAAUUGUUUGACAUCUUUCUUUACUAACUUCCUGAUGAAUAGGAAAGUGUUUGUUGGUAGAAAUCUGUUCUCUGCGUGUAGUCGCUCUGAGUUUUUGAAGACUUUUGUAAGACUAACAAGAGCAGUUGGUGCUCUCUAAUAUCGUUCAACGAGAUGAAAAUUGACGAGAGAGUGAGAAUUUAACAUCAGUAUUAUUCGUCUCUGGGAAUGAUUUUGAGCGACUAAAAUCUAAUUAACUGCAAUUCUCUCAAACUUCUAAAUACUUAAAAGGUGCUAAUUAAGAUUUACUUUGUAGUAUUUUAUUUUUACUUUUUUUAUAUAAAUUUUUUUAAAUUUUCUUUAAUUAUAUUACAAGUUACUUAUGCUUGCUUUGCUAUAACAUUAAAUUGGUAUAAAUAUGGCAAAUUUUUUUCGCUCACCAUCAUAACAUUCCCAACUAUUGAUCCUGAAACAUCAACACUUUAAACACUCGCAAUUAUGGACUCCGCGACUAAUAAUAUGGCAUUAAGAAAUUAUAAAAUUGUAUCGACAGAAACACCACAUGAUUUGCAGCAAGGCGAGGAAUCAAAAGAAAGUGUUGACCGAAGCGAAAUACAUAAAUUGUCAGAAUCCAAAAAUCAACAACAACCUGAUAACGAGGGUUUAUCCAUAGCCGCUAUGCAACUAAAACGCCGAAGAGAAUUUGAAACCAAAUUCAACUUGCAUGUAAAAAGGUCGAAAAGAGGUGAAGAUAUAACAGCAGCUGCAGAAGAGAGUUUGCAAAAUGAAGUAAAAGCCCCAAUGGUGCAGAUACCGAUAUACGCAUCAAUGGUCCUAAAAUCAGGAGAAAGUGACAUAAUUGAUUCGUUUUUGAAAUUGCAAAGUAUUAAAAAAGAGCGAGAGAAUGAGCUAAACACAACAAGUUCUUUAAUCAAAAAGGAACCGAUCCUCGAAGAUUUCGCAUCAUUGUUACCCUAUCAAAUGAGUAUCAGCGAUGUUGAUUUUGGUGCUAGCAGAAAAUUAGAUAUUCAACCGGAGCCAGUCGACAAAUUGGAUACAUCAAAUACCUUAAAUGCAAAGGAAUCACUUCAUCAGACAUCACCCUCUUCGUUUCUUCAGCAAGCGCUUGAUAGAGCUUAUGCCAACCAAUCCGGUGAUGGUUUCGAAAUAGGACCGAACGGAACACGAUUAUCAAUAGAGGAUUUGGCAAAAAUUAGGUGGACGGGAGUAUCAGCUGCCACGCGAUCGCUUCUGGCCUUACUGUUCGACCGUCAAACCCUUGGCACAUCGAGUCUAAGUGGUAAACUUUCGCCUGCUUUUCCGGAUCGUGCAGCCAAGGAUCAAUUAGAUCCUCGCAAAAUACAGGAUGUAAUAUAUUUUAUAAAAUCAUUAUUUAAUUCUUCCGAACGUGAAAUUCGUAAUAUAAUAACUGUCAAAUGCGCAGAUACUGCAAAAGCGUUCAAAAGAAGUACUUUAUCCAAGUCAAAGUUGGGAAAAUUGUUUUAGUACCUUAACUAAGUAUGUAGAUGUUUGCAUGUUAUGCUAUAUGUGGGUAUAAUUGUAGUUGUAGUAAUUAAAUUAAAAUUAAGAGAUUAAUGUGUCUAAAAAUAUGUGUUAUAUUGGUUCAUUAUAUAUAGUGUUGAGCCCAAUUCAAAAUGUUAAAAAUUAAAUUUAAAAUAAAUUAAAAAAAAAAAAAUAGAUUGUAUCAUUUUAAGCAUAUGUUUUUUUUUUAAUUGUAUUGAUUAUUAUUUUAAUUCGUAUUAUUUAAAUAAACACAUAUACCAUAUACAAAUAUAAUGAGAUAAAAUCGUACACCUUUUAAAUUAUUCUAAAGACUUAACUGAUGUUUCUGGUACAGGAACAACAGAACAAAUUCUUGGUCUCUAAAUAGUUUUGCAAAUAUUUUUUCAAAGAAUAAGUUUAGGAGUUUUGUAUAAAAUAUGUACAAGAAAUACACAAGUUAAUAAAUAAUAUUGGGUUGAAUGAACGUUCAUCGCAUAUAAAUUCGAGAACUAUAAACGUCGGAGACCCGCAUAAAAUAUAUGUAUAAAUGAUCAGCAUGACAAGCUGAGUUGAUUUAGUCUGUCUAUCAUCUGUCCGUCUGACCGAAUUUAGCUGAACAAGUCACUCAGUUUUUGAAAUAUAGAGCAUAUAACUGUCAUAAAAAUCAAGAUCAAAAUUCUUUUAUACUCUUUUGUGAUAUAAGAAAUGUACCUGUGCAGGUAUUAUAGCUUCGGUGCAGCUUGAGUUGCCUUGUUUAAUCUCUAGUGGUGGUAAUUUUUAGUUUUUUAGAAUUCUGUUUCUUCUCUUGUCCAAGUUUUUUGAGUGUUUGAUAAUCCACGUUUUCGAGCUUUUAUUCGAAAUUGUUUUCUUUUUACCAUAAUUUUUACAAAUAUAAUACAAUAUUUUAGUUGAAACUUCUUACAGAUAGCUAAUAUGCAUGUAGAACUCAAUGCCUAUGUCUAACUUUUUUUUGAGGUAUAUCAAUUAAAUUCAUAGUGCUUCUUUUUUUUGAAAAUAAUGUACCUCUGUAAAAAAUGUGGCUAAAUCUUUAAUAUAUUUUAAGUAAAUUUAAUAAACGCAAAAUCCUGGAUAUACUUUAGUUUGAAAGCGAAAAUGGGUGAAAUCGAUCCACAUAUUGUGCAAAGUACUAUACAUAAACUACCUACAAUGCUUUCCGUAAUUCUAAUGGUAAAUGUUUCUCCUAAAAGUAGAGAAAGAACAUUAUCGAAAGUGCAGACGAAAGCAAAGAACGCUUAAAACCGCAAUACUAGUAAAUUUUCAGCCAAGUAUCUUACAUAGGUAGAAAACCGAUUUGUAUACAGUAAAGUGAAAAAAUCGGAUCGAGUUUAAAAUUUUGUUAUAUGGGAAGUAGGCGUGAUUGCGAACAGAUUUCACCCAUUUCCAUAGUGUAUAAUACUAAUGAUUAGAUAACCUUGCACGCCAAAUGUUGUCGAAAUCGGUCAACUAGUCUCAGAGAAUUCGCCCAUUGACUAAUUUUUACACCUGCUCCUAUAAACCCAUUGCCUACCAUCCUGGUUAUGAAAUUUCACCCGGAUUUCAA